GUGGUUACAGCCAGCGUUUACCAAAUGUGAGCGCCCUGGGCAAGAUCUUCACUGCGCUACCCUUUGGCGAGCCGGUUUUCCAGAUGUUGGAGCUGAAGCUCGCCAUGUACCUCGACUUCCCCGCACGCAUGAGGCCGGGAGUCCUUGUCACCUGUGCAGAUGACAUCGAGCUGUACAGCAGCGGAGCCACAGAAACCCUCGUGUUCGACAAGCCCGGGUUUACCGCCUUGGCUCACCCUUCAGAUCUGGCGGUCGGGACCACUCAUGGGGUGUUUGUUUUGGAUCCCUCCAGCUUUUUGGGAGAAGGAGGGCUGGAAUACGCAUCUUGCCGUCGUUUCCUGCACAAGCCUGAUGUUCAGACGAUGCGGCGGUGCGGUGCGGUGUGCGCAAGAGGGAGCUGUUCUCCGCUGGGCUCUGCAGACCACAGCUCGGAGUGCGUGUACACAGACAGCAUAUUCUACAUGGAUCACAGCACUGCCAAACUACUGCUGGCAUUUUGUAAGCAGGUGGGCAGCCUUUGCUGUGAAAUAGAUGCGUAUGGUGACUUUCUCCAGGCCCUGGGACCGGAAGCCACUCUGGAGUACACACAAAAUACCAGUAACGUCAUGAAAGCGGGGUCACGACUGGUAGAGGUGCGGCAGGAGCUGUACGCGCUGCUGAGGGGAACCGCACUCAACGUCAUGGUGCUGAACAACUCCAAGUUCUACCACAUCGGAUCGACCCAGGAGUACCUGUUCCACCUCACAGCUGGCAGCAAGCUGAAGCACGAGCUCGGCUUCGUGUCCAUGGCCUUUAGCGUCUGUGAGGGCGCCGCGGGCCGGGACCCCUCAUCCUGCGCCAUCCAGAGCAUCCUGCAGCCUGAGGCUCGCGUCGGGCCCGGCUCUGUCAUCGAGUGCUCCAGGGUCGGACCUGGGGUCUCGGUGGGGCAGAACUGCAUUGUUAGUGGAGCACACAUAAGUGCCAAGGCAGACGUACCUCCCGGCUGUUUUCUGAGCUCACUGAGUGUAAAAAUCAACAGUCAAGUGGAAUAUGUGAGUAUGGUGUUUGGUGUAGAAGAUGACUUGAAGAAGAGCGUGAAAUCCUUGUCAGAUGUACAUUCCCUGCGGUUUUUCGGAGUCAGUUUACCGCAGUGCUUGGAGCUGUGGGGGGUGAAUGUUUCGGAGCAGCUCUUCUCCAGCGGGAACACGUGUCUGGGGCUGUGGACUGCCAGGAUUUUUCCCGUUUGUUCCACUUUAGAUGAAUCAGUUACCAUGUCACUAAAAAUGUUAAAUUCUGUGCAGCACAUGACAGCUCUCAAGUUGGACAGCUUUCAGCUCUUGUCCGUUGAAGAAAUGCUCGCUCACAAAGAUGUAGGAGAUAUGUUGAAGUUUAGGGAGCAAGUUUAUGAUGAAAUCCGUCUACGAAGACCAAGAGAGAAGUCUGGUUUAUAG